CCAAUAGACUGAAGAAUUUGGAUUAUAUAAGUUUUCAUUUUUUCAAAUGCAUCCAAAAUAUUAAGAUAAUGUAAUUUCAAGUGAAAAUAUUUGGUGAAUGCAAACGGCGCGAACGCUCCAAUAGCAGUUGUGCGCUGCUACUUUGUUAAAAUGUUUAUUAAUCGAAAUAGUAGUCGAAACAGAAUAGUGUGUAAUAGAAAGUACAAAAAGUAUCGAAAUAAUCGGAAUUAGUGACAUCGCCAACAAAGUAGAAACAUAAUUUUUUAAUUUCUGUGUGAGGUUUUAUGUGGUUUCGUAUAAAAUCUCGGAGAAGGUUUUAAAUAUAAUAAGGAAUUAUGAACACUCAGUUUCAUAUACCCUCGUUUGGUGAUGAAGUUUUCGACUUGACUGAUGUUGGGUCCAACUCCAGUGCUGUUACCAAUGCAAAUGGAAUAUUAUCUGCUAAUACCAAUUAUUCGUACAUGUACCCACAACAGACCGAACAGCUGCCAUCCCAAGGAUUACAGAAUAAAAAAAUAACCGAAGUCAAUAACAUAUCGGACGAAUAUUACAGUGCCAAUGAUGAUACAUGCGUUUCUAGUACCACAGUGGCUAAUCAUAAUAGUUCCAAUACUCAACAUUAUAACUCACCCAAUAACAUAAUAACUUCAACAGCUACUACCAGCGCAACAGCAACGCGAAAACAAGUACAAUCUUCUGCUAUCAUCAAUAAUGGCAAUGCCAGUGAUCCCAAUGAACCGACUAAACCUGUAUCUGCAUAUGCUUUAUUCUUUCGAGACACGGUAAGCGCCAUAAAACAUGAGAACCCGAAUUGUCCUUUUCAGGAGUUGUCACGUAUUGUGGCUUCAAUGUGGGAUGUUUUAGAUCCCGUUCAUAAGAAUGUUUAUAACAAACGCAACGAGAUAGCUCGUAAUGAAUACAUAAAACAAAUCAGAAUUUAUAGACAACAACAAUUAGAGCAACAACAAACAAUGAAAGCGCGGCAGCAGCAACAAGAACAGACGCAGAUGCUGGUUAGCAACGAAUUAAAAUACAGCCCUCAACAAAUUCAAGGCACUUCAACAUCAUUUCCAAUUAAUGCGAAUGCACAUGAAACCCACGUUAACGGACAACAACACCAGCAACAUCAUUCAUCCGUCCAACAGCAACAAUCGACUCAGUACGGUAAUAAUACAACCGCGACAACGGAGAUAUCAUCGCAACAGCAAUGGUCACCAAUCAAAAUCGCAAACGUUAUAAUAUCUAAUUCUACAAAUGUUGCAUCUAAUACAGCGGCGAUUACUUCUACAACACCUGGUCCUCUUGAUAAACAGACGCUUAACGAAGACAGUGCUAUGCAAAAGUGCACUCGGGAAAAUUGCAACAAACGCGCUAUCAUCAAUCCUGAUUGGGAGGACGAAUAUUGCAGUAACGAAUGUGUCGUCAUACACUGUCGUAAUGUAUUCAAUGCUUGGGUGCAAUCGAAAAAUAAAUAAAAUCCACUAAAUAAAUAAACAUUGCUUUAUAACUAUGUAUUUUAUUAUAU